ACAGUGCCCCGCUGGAGCGGUGCUGAGGGGCAGUACCGUACUGGAGCGGUGCUCAGGGGACAGUGCCCCACUGGAGCGGUGCUGAGGGGACAGUGCCUCACUGGAGCGGCGCUGAGGGGACAGUGCCCCACUGGAGCGGUGCUGAGGGGACAGUGCCGUACUGGAGAGCUGCUGAGGGGACAGUGCCGUACUGGAGCAGUGCUGAGGGGACAGUGCCCCACUGGAGCGGUGCUGAGGGGACAGUGCCCCACGGGAGCGGUUCUGAGGGGACAGUGCCGUACUGGAGAGCUGCUGAGGGGACAGUGCCUCACUGGAGCGGUGCUGAGGGGACAGUACCGUACUGGAGCGGUGCUGAGGGGACAGUGCCCCACUGGAGCGGUGCUGAGGGGACAGUACCGUACUGGAGCGGUGCUGAGGGGACAGUGCCUCACUGGAGCGGUGCUGAGGGACAGUGCCCCACUGGAGCGGUGCUGAGGGGACAGUGCCCCACUGGAGCGGUGCUGAGGGGACAGUGCCUCACUGGAGCGGUGCUGAGGGGACAGUACCGUACUGGAGAGCUGCUGAGGGGACAGUGCCCCACUGGAGCAGUGCUGAGGGACAGUGCCCCACUGGAGCGGUGCUGAGGGGACAGUACCGUACUGGAGCGGUUCUGAGGGGACAGUGCCCCACGGGAGCGGUGCUGAGGGGACAGUGCCUCACUGGAGCGGCGCUGAGGGGACAGUGCCCCACUGGAGCGGUGCUGAGGGGACAGUACCGUACUGGAGCGGUUCUGAGGGGACAGUGCCCCACGGGAGCGGUGCUGAGGGGACAGUACCGUACUGGAGCGGCGCUGAGGGGCAGGAGCCCUCGCCAGGGGCGGGAACCGCCGGCAGCGGGCGCAGGGGCCGUGAGAGCAUUAAACCAAAAUGUCAUCAUCAUCACAAUCAUCCUUAUCUUUACCUGUACAUGACUGUACUGUUCCUUCAUUGGACUCUGAUCUUCAGGAAAAAUUUAUUCUUCUUCACACCGUUGAGUUAAACACUAAAAAGAUUGACACUUGGAUGCAGGAGCUAAGUGAAGCUGAAAUUCAGAAUACUAAUCUCAGGAAAAAAAUACUUGAAAAGGAGAAACAGAUUAAAGAACUUUCAUCCAUGCUUCAGUGUGAAAAAAUCAACGUACAGAAAGGAGACCACCUGUCAAGAUCAGUACAGGAAGUACAAGCUCACUUGCAGUGUCAGAUUAAAAGAAAAGAAGCAGAAAAUGACAAAUUAAAAGUGAAAAUACAGACUCUUGAAAAUAAACUAGCAGAGUGGAAACAUCUAAUUGGUGAAUACAAGCGCCAGAAGUUAGCCGUAAAGGAAGCAAGCGAACAAAAGAAAAUUGCCCUGGAAAAGGCAGUAAGGUCCCAGAAGCAAAGAGCUCAACACUUAGAAGAAGCUGUGAAAGAUGUAACCUCUAAAAUAAGAGAACAUGAUGUCAAACUGUGUGAGAUACUGUCAGCCUCUGAUGUCUGGAAAAGCCAGCACGAUAGAAUAGUUGAAGAAAAGACAAUGUUAGAAGCUCAGGUAGAAGAUCUUGAGAAGCAGACCAAAGGCCUGAUAGAAGACCUGGAAAGAAGGGUGGAAUGGAGAAGAAAUUCACAAGAGGAAAUUCUUGGAAAGCUAAAUUCUGUUAACUCUGAAAAUGAAAAGAUUCACCUUGAAAACAAAAAAUUAGAGGCUUCCCUUGCUACAUUGGAGAAAAGGACACUGUCUGUUGAAUAUGAGUUGCUACAUCUGCAAGAAAAAGCAAAGCUGCAGGAAAACCUUGUGGAACAGCGUAAAAAUGAGGUACGAAAAACACAAAUUACAGUAGAAGAAUUGAAAUCCAGAUAUGAAGCAGUCUUAAAUGAAAACAAAAACAUAAGAGAAUACAAACACUUAGAAGCAUAUAAGGUGAGGGACAAAAUGGAGGCUGAGUUAAAGGAGUUAGAACAUGUUUGUGACUUGCUGAAAGCAGCUGAGGAAAACCAGCAAAAUCUUCUGUUCUGGGAAAGGAUCUCUGCACAGAAAUGCAAAACCCCUGGGGAGCUGGAGCUUCAGCCUGGAAAUGGAUUUUCCUUGAAUCUUUUUUUCUCUGACGUCAAUUAUAAUGGCAGGGAUAAUUAUAGUGUAAUUUCCACUGGCAAUCUUUGCUUAGAAGAAGAGAUCUGUAACAUUCAAAAGAAAUAUGAAGAUCUUCAAAGGCAAUUAGGAGAGAUGGAACAUCAGAAUGAAGAACUUGCUUAUCAGCUCAGAAAAGAAGAUGAGAGUCUUCAGAGCAGUAAAUUGCAGCUUGAAGAGAAAAUGGCAGAAUAUAAUGCAUUAACCUCACAACUUGAAGCUGCUUUGGAAGAAGGGAGAAAAAUGCUAACUGAAGAACAGAAAAAAAUGUCAUUCAAAGAGCAAGCCUUUCAGACAAAACUGUUACUUCUUGAAGCUGAAGUGAGAAAGAGGCAAGAAGAAAAAAAACAACUCCUCUGCUUAUUUCACCAGAAUGAGAAGCAUCAUGAACUACGUUUGAAAGAACUGGAGAACAACCUACAGAAAUCAGAGAACAAGACCCAAAGCAUCCAGAAUUAUGUGCAGUUUUUGAAAGAUGCAUAUAUAACAAUGUUUGACUGAAUUAUUUAAUCUAUUUUAUGGCAAAGAAACUUGUCAAGAUUGCCUCCCAGUCUUGUUGGAGGCAAAGCCGUUGAGGCCUUGCACUAUUUUGACAGAUUAAAUUCCAUAAUGUUAAUUCUUCCCUAGGAAAACAUCUGUUGUGGGCAGGAGAAGCAAGUCAGUCAUUACUAUAUAUCCUACUGGCUGGUCACACGUGGGGAAUGGAGCUGAUAUUCCUUGUAUGACCCAUUGUGUUAUCCAUGGCACAGCAGUGCAAAGGCCGAGUGCAUGACAGCAGCAGCAGGUGUGUAUAUCAGGCUAUGCACACAAAAUUGGUCUCUGAAUAUCCUGGGCUGUAAAAUCUUGCCUGAGUCCUUUUAGCCCAUGAUAAAUGCAGGUGAUCACAGAUUCUUUCAAUUCAGUGAUAUCUAACCUGUUAAGAGGGGCAAAAAUUGAGAUCAUUAGGUUCUUUCCCUUUUUUCCCCCUGAAGUGUAGCACCAAUUUAGCCCACACUGCUGUACUACAUGAGAGAGUUGCCACCAUAAGGCUGUCCCAUCCAGCCAUUUUUCUCUAUAUCCCAUUAUGCUCAGGAAUAUGCUACAGUAAUAUUUUAUAAAUAUAAGUAGGAAUUUUUUUUAGAUACAGGCAUAGUUUAAGCUGUGAAUGUGCUGGCGACACAUCUCUAGUGAGAUAUUUAAGUAUUUGUCUGAGUUUAGGAGCUGCUGUUCAGUAAGAUUGACUUGUGCCUCAGGUAAAACACAUAUAAAUAUUCAGCUGAUACAGGGCUAAUAUAAGAAACAAUUCUGAAUUUAGUUUCAGUUCUAAAUUCUAAUUAGUUUUAUAGAUAUAUGCUACGAUAUGUCUUUUAAAAAUAGUACAUUCAGUUAAAUAUAUGUGAUUUACAAUGCAUACUUUAGUAAUACAUAUUUUUUGACCAAAAACAUAUGUUUGUUUUUGCAUAGACAAUAGCCAUUCUAUUUCAUUGUUGAUUAUUAGUAAUAAGUUGAAUACAGACUUUUUUUUUUUUUGCAAAUGCUUAUCCAUCUUAACAAAUAUUGAUGUGUGUUAAUGAUCUGCUUCUGUGCACUUUUUAAAAAUAAAGUUGUCAUUUAUUCUAUGACGUUAAUAGCAAAUAUUUAUUUUAAAUUUGGGGGGUUUGCAUUACACACACAGAAAUAUUUGGAUCCAUUUAGUUCUGAUUGUGCUAAUUAUAAAAUACCAAAACCUUUUUGAAAGUCAUCAUGUAUGAAGGAAAAUGUUCAGAAAUAAAUUGUUCAGUCCAGUGCAUGAGUGGUUUUCCAAAGCUCAUACUGCAAAACUUUGCAUUGGGACAUGAUGCAAGGAUGUACAGUAGCUUGAUUUCAGGCUAUAUUUUUACUAUCCAGGAAAUUAGAUUUUGUUUUUUACCUUUUUAGUUUGCUUUUGUUUCUUUUUAUGGUUCUCCAUUACCUUAGAAAUAGGGCUGAUUGUCACAAAGAUAAUUUGUUUUUACUCAGUUCCUUUUUGAUUUGCUGUUACCUUAUUAUAUAUUUUCCAUUUAAAAAAUUCAUUUGUGACUAGUUACUGUGGAAUAUUUCUUUCUAGUAAAGAAAAUAAUAAAACUUUGUCUAAUU